AUGAGCAGCGCCGCUGACACCGACGGCACCACGGGCUUGGACGCGGGCGGGGGGGAGGCGGCAGAGGUAGAGGAGGCGGAUGAUAGUGAGGGCGAGCUCUGUAGCUGCUGCGGAACUGCCCUCACCCAUCUGCUCUCACCCAUCUGCUCUCACCCAUCUGCUCUCACCCAUCUGGUCUCACCCAUCUGCUCUCACCCAUCUGCUCUCACCCAUCUGCUCUCACCCAUCUGCUCUCACCCAUCUGCUCUCACCCAUCUGCUCUCACCCAUCUGGUCUCACCCAUCUGCUCUCACCCAUCUGCUCUCACCCAUCUGCUCUCACCCAUCUGCUCUCACCCAUCUGCUCUCACCCAUCUGCUCUCACCCAUCUGCUCUCACCCAUCUGCUCUCACCCAUCUGCUCUCACCCAUCUGCUCUCACCCAUCUGCUCUCACCCAUCUGGUCUCACCCAUCUGCUCUCACCCAUCUGCUCUCACCCAUCUGGUCUCACCCAUCUGCUCUCACCCAUCUGCUCUCACCCAUCUGCUCUCACCCAUCUGCUCUCACCCAUCUGGUCUCACCCAUCUGCUCUCACCCAUCUGCUCUCACCCAUCUGCUCUCACCCAUCUGCUCUCACCCAUCUGCUCUCACCCAUCUGCUCUCACCCAUCUGCUCUCACCCAUCUGCUCUCACCCAUCUGCUCUCACCCAUCUGCUCUCACCCAUCUGCUCUCACCCAUCUGCUCUCACCCAUCUGCUCUCACCCAUCUGCUCUCACCCAUCUGCUCUCACCCAUCUGCUCUCACCCAUCUGCUCUCACCCAUCUGCUCUCACCCAUCUGCUCUCACCCAUCUGCUCUCACCCAUCUGCUCUCACCCAUCUGCUCUCACCCAUCUGCCCUCACCCAUCUGCUCUCACCCAUCUGCCCUCACCCAUCUGCCCUCACCCAUCUGCCCGAUGUAGAACGUAUCAACGAGCGACGCGACGGGCUCGGCGGCGAGCGCCAGCAGCGCCGGCAGCGCGAUCGCCGCCAUCUCCACGCCCAGCGCAUCCGCGGAGUAGGCGGACCUGCAGCGGGGGGGACGGGCACGCGGGCCUCAAGGGGAUUGAGGAACAGUAUCGCGCCGUCCAAAUACGACCCGCCUCCCCUGCUGGUCUCCGCCGCACCACUCCCCACACCAUCCCCCAAUCCCGCGCGGGGAGCCACGGCGCCGCGAUUACCGGAGCGGCAGCGAGGUACUGCCGCGGCGGUGCGAGCAUAG